GAAGGAUUUUGGAGGGUGCACUCUCAGAGAAGUCAGCAGUGAAGUGUUCCCUGUAGGGUGGAGAUAUUUCUUUCAUGGUCAGGACUGUGGAAGGGGUCAGACAGCUCUUCAUGCACUGAAGCAUAACGCCAAUGCUCUCCUGCUGCCCUGUGAGGAUGUCUCUGUUUGCCAUGGGUUUCCUGCUAGUGAUCCUGCAGCCUUGCGCUGGCCAGUUCCCCAGAGCCUGUGCAAACACUGAAAGCUUGCUGAGGAAGGAGUGCUGUCCUCCGUGGGCUGGAGAUGGGUCCCCCUGUGGGGAGCUCUCCGGAAGGGGGUCCUGCCAGGACAUCCUUCUCUCUCAAGCUCCGCUGGGGCCACAGUACCCUUUCUCAGGAGUGGAUGACAGAGAAGACUGGCCCUCUGUAUUUUACAACCGGACGUGUCAAUGCAAAGGCAAUUUCAUGGGAUUCAACUGUGGGGAAUGCAAGUUUGGUUUCUCAGGAGUCAGAUGUACUGAAAGGCGAAUGAGAAGAAGAAGAAACAUCUUCCAGCUCACCAGAAGUGAAAAGAACAAGUUCCUCGCCUACCUCAAUCUGGCCAAGAGCACUCCCAGCCGUGACUAUGUCAUCGCUACUGGCACCUAUGCUCAGAUGAGCAAUGGCUACAACCCCAUGUUCCAAAACAUCAAUGUGUAUGAUCUUUUUGUGUGGGUACAUUAUUAUGCUUCUCGAGACACACUCUUAGGUGGAUCAAAGGUGUGGCGGGACGUUGAUUUUGCUCAUGAAGCACCAGGUUUUCUGCCUUGGCAUCGUGUCUUUCUGCUGCUGUGGGAACGUGAGAUCCAGAAGAUAACAGGUGAUGAGCACUUCACCAUCCCCUACUGGGACUGGCGAGAUGCUAAGUCCUGUGUUGUCUGCACCGAUGAAUACAUGGGCGGCAGACAUCCCACCAACCCUAAUUUACUCAGCCCGGCAUCAUUCUUCUCCUCAUGGCAGGUAAUUUGCACUCGAUCUGAAGAGUACAACAGCCGACAGGCUUUGUGCAAUGCCGCAAGUGAAGGGCCUAUACUGCGAAAUCCUGGGAACAAUGAUAAAUCAAGGACACCAAGGCUCCCAUCUUCAGCUGAAGUUGAAUUCUGUCUCUCACUGAGUCAGUAUGAAUCUGGAUCCAUGGAUAAAAUGGCCAAUUACAGUUUCCGAAACACUUUGGAAGGCUUUGCUGAUCCACACACUGCAAUAUCAAACACAUCUCAGAGCGGGAUGCACAAUGCACUUCACAUCUACAUGAAUGGCUCCAUGUCCGAAGUACAAGGCUCUGCAAACGAUCCUAUCUUUGUACUGCACCAUGCCUUUGUUGACAGCAUUUUUGAGCGGUGGCUAAGAAGACACAGGCCCUUGCGAGAAGUUUACCCAGCAGCCAAUGCACCCAUUGGGCACAAUCGAGAAAGUUACAUGGUCCCCUUUAUCCCUCUUUACCGAAAUGGAGAUUAUUUUAUUUCAUCAAGAGAGCUGGGGUAUGACUACGAGUAUCUGGAAGAACAAGCCCUGAAACAGAAGUGGUCACAAACAGUAUACAUGGAAAUCCAUCCUUCAGGAAUCAAAGACAUGUCAGAGACUAAUUGCUUGGGUGCUGAUUUGAGCAGAAACUGAAGCGGACACCCAGCUCUCCCUGACAUGAGAACCAUGAACUGUAAAACUAACAAACUGGCAUGGCUUGCUGAGGAUGAACAUUUGCCAGCAUCAAUAAAAAGGAUUUGGAAGACUGAUGGCACCACCUAGCAAUGGCUGUCAAAACAAUAUUCUAUUGCAAGAGCUAUUCCAAGCACUUGCAUUUAAGGGUUUGGACUAAGUCUUUUUAAUUUUUUCCUUCCGGAUAUAGGAACAGAUAAAAUCAUAGACACAGCCUGACUUUUCCACAGAAACUCUCCUUCUCUUAGUGGGAACAAUCUGACAACGCCUGUAAGUGUGGCUGGAUGUUUCACAUUUUUUGAAGAAACAGGCAGCUACCCAAUUAUAAACCCAGGAAUCGAACCAUCAGUUGCAAUUUCUGAACACCUUAACCCAGGAGUUUUGACACUGAGGGCAAAGCAAGGGAUAGCAGCGGUGUGAUUACAAUGUAGAAGGCCAGGAGUACAGCUGUCCUGGCUGGUCGCUCCUGGAUGUGCUGCAGAAGGAAAACUCAGAUGCGGAUUCUGACCGUAGCUCAUUUCUAUUCAUAGAUCUUCAGCAAUUUGGUUGCAAAAUGAGAGACAGGCAAUUAGAAAACAUGGCAACUGGCAAAUACAAUAGGUACCAAAUGGUGCUGUACCACAACGGGGGGACUCUGCUGAGCCUCCACAGGCAGGAGCACACGCUGUUGGCUACAGUGUGACAGGACAAUGUUUUGAAUUUAAGACUGUGCAAUAAAAUAGUGACGUGCAUUGAAAUGUGGGUGCAGAGGUAACAGAAUGCAAUUAAAGGUGGCAAUACUUGCUAAAUGCUGACUUGGGAUAUGUUUUACAUUUCUGAAACACUUGACUAAAAAAAAAUUUUUUUUUUAUAAAUAAAAGAUGAGAAGAGAGCAUCUUGGUCCUGAAGUUUUCCUCAGGCAGAGAUAAGGAGGUGUAGAAUAAGGUCAACUGAAAAAUAAGGAGAGAACCAAGAAAACAGGAUAUAAAAAUAUAUUCCUCAGAAAGCAGUGUAAGCAGACAGUUUGACUGUUAUGCAAAGAAGCUUAGUGGAGGAACAUAGACAUGGAUUUUAAAAACUGCUUGUUUGUUUGUUUGUUUUCUCCUUUUUCCUCAAGGCCUAGGGAAAUGAAACUAUCUUUUGGUGAGCUGUUAACACCCUAGUAGCACAUAAUGUGGUGGUGGCACAUAUCAGGUAUCCUACAGCCAGAUCUCACCUCCUUUUUUGAGAGAUUCAUAUAAGCAAACUGUGAAAGAGCGGUUAUCAAGUGCAAGUGUUAACUCAGGUUAUCCAGCAACAACAACAACAACAAAACUGUGUUGCUCUAUAAAUAUGCCCAGGAAUAUUUGAUUUCUCUCCUUUCAUUACACCAAAGUAAUCCAUUUUUGUCUGUAAUCUGCUUUGCUGAUGUGUCAGCAUUGCCAGUGAGUGGGUGGGAAUGCACAGCAAUGCAACAGGCAGGGACAACUCUAAGCAACUUCAGCACUGAAAAAUUGAUUAUAAAAUUGAUUAUAAAAUGCAGAAAGGGUCUGAUUCUCACCAUUUCCAGAAAUAGCCACACAAUGAAGGGGGGUAGCAAGGGAACAAAUCAUAGCUUCUUGAGUUGCCCGCCUUAGAUUUAAGACAGGACUGAAGAGGAGCAGCUUGAAUUUGCACCCAUAGAUAUCACAGCUCUACCAUAAAAUAACUCAUUAACACUCAUUGCACAGCAUCUCUUGAAGUCCAAAGACAGAGGACGAUAGCUGAACAUCUUCUCCAGACUUUCUCCCAUGGUGAUGGGAAGCUUUAAGCUGUAAGAAGACAACAUUAUAAAGACUUUCCAAACUGUAAUAAUAAGAAAACCCUAGUGAAGUUCAUGGGAGCUGUGAACUUCUCAUCACUGCAGGGACAAGUGAUCCUGUGUUAGGACAGACUGAGGAUCUCCAAAACUUGAAAUCCCUCCCAGGUUGUCUUGUGAUUUUUUGAUUGCAGAAGUCUCAGUGAUAUUUCCCAUGAUCAGCCAGAGGGACACAACAUACGAACCACCCACACAAAACCAAGGAAAUGACAACAACCAAAUAGAAAGUACUUGCUUAGCAGGGUGAGAAGAAAAUCUGUAAGCCUGAGGUAGAUGAGUUUGUGUUGCCUGCAAGUUUGCUCUAAAAUCUGGUGCGCAUUAAUUACACAGAUUAGGGGAAGAAAAGCACAUCAAAUGAAAUGGCAAGUCUCUUCCAGCAUGCCAGUGGGGUGUAUGGCAAUUAAUAAAUGAUGGAAAAUUAUUUUUUGUUUGUUUCUUUGGCUGGCAAGAGGUUUUAUUUCUAAUUUUUGGAAUUUACCCUGGAAAGGCUUUGCCAUUGCCCUAGUUUGCGUAAAAGGUAUAUAAAAAACAGAUACAUAUUCUUAAAAAGAUAUUAGAUAUUAAGGUUCAUCCUUGUGAUCCAUUAUAUCAAUAACAUAAUUUGAGAUGACCACAACAGGAAGAUCUCAGGAUGCCCAAUAAUAGAUUAGCCAUAGCAUGUUUCUUCUGUCUUAAUUAUGGAGGAAAAAUCCAUAUUAUUUCCUAAAUAUAGGAGGUGCAGAUUGCUUCACUCUAAAAUUACACUGCUGUGUACUGUUGCAACAUAAGUAACCUACACAAAAUGGACUAUUCAGGGUUUUUUUUAAUUAAAAAGAUGAGUGACUUGGUGU